AUGCCACACCCGCGCAGUCCCUCCCUCCUCUCCCCGGCCAACUACGACAACGAUGCGGCCUCUCUGCGAUCGCCGUCGGAGCAGGACUCGGACUCCGAUGACGACGAAUUCCUCCGUCAUCCCCGCAGCACUCUAGAACUUUCCCAGCACGAUCGAAGUGUCCUCGAAGAUGAAGACGAGUUGGAAAAGCUGUUGACGAGAACCGGUCCUGCCCUUGGAUUGCGCAGGAUCUUCAGCCCGAAUGGGAGCAGCGUGCGCAUUGGAAAGAGGGAACGGCGACGAGCGCGAAGAGAAGCCCGGCUAUCACGCCGGGAACGAGUGAGCGAGGAAGGAGAGCUGAUGUAUGAAAUGGAAGAAGGACUUGGGGAUGAUGAUACCUCGUCAUUGAUGAGUGGAUCUUCGAUGGAUUUGGAUGGAAAAGAAGACUAUCUUUAUGAACCGCCCUCCAAGCCGUCAUGGCGCAGAAUCGUAUUCGUUUCCGCCAUCAUCGCCAUCCUGUUUCUUAUCCUGUUCCUCGGCGCAUACAAAGCCUCCAGUACUUUCCGAGCUGUCCACCCACAUGUCCAGCCUCUUCUUUCCAACGGCACCUCGCUAUUCGCGCCCACCACUAUAUUGAUCUCACUCGACGGAUUCCGAGCUGACUUCCUCGACCGAGGUCUGACACCAGCCCUCAACUCGCUGAUUGCGAAUGGCGUCUCCCCGCAAUACAUGACACCCAGCUUUCCCAGCGUGACAUUUCCGAACCAUUUCACACUGGUAACAGGCUUAUACCCUGAGAGCCAUGGAGUGGUCGGCAACACUUUCUGGGAUCCCGAUCUCGAUGAGGCGUUCUUCUACACCCAUCCUGCUGCCAGCAUGCAGCCCAAGUGGUGGAAUGCAGAGCCCUUGUGGGAAACGGCGGAAAAACAAGGAAUCAAGGCUGGCAUCCAUAUGUGGCCCGGGUCCGAGGCUCAUAUUGGUAUUGUCGAGCCAAGCUAUGUGGAUAAAUACAAUGGCUCGGAGGCUCUGCCCCGCAAGAUCAAUCGGGUGCUUGAGCUCCUUGAUCUUCCAGGUCCAGAGGACGAGUCUGAUUUGAUGCCGCUACGCCCUCAGUUCAUUGCGGCCUACGUUCCGGACGUCGAUAAGGAUGGACACACCUAUGGGCCAAACAGCACUGAGAUACGAGAGACCAUUUCCAGGGCUGAUGACCUUGUGGCCGGGAUUGUCGCUGGUCUUGAAAGUCGCAAUCUCACAAAUUUGGUCAACAUCGUGGUCGUGUCAGACCAUGGCAUGGCUUCUACAUCAACUGAGCGUCUCGUUCAAUUGGACGAUGAGAUAGACCUAAGGCUUGUUGAGCGCAUUGAUGGAUGGCCGUCUCGUGGCCUGCGGCCAAAGCAGCCCGAGAAUAUGGAGAUAUUGGAGGAACAAGUGGCAAGGCUCGGGAAAAAGUAUGCAGACGCCGUGGAAGUCUAUACCCGAGAGACCAUGCCUGAGCGCUAUCACUUCUCGAACAAUGAUCGCAUCGCUCCUCUGUGGGUGAUCCCGCGAACCGGCUGGGCGAUUGUUGAGAGGCCUGAAUUCGAUGUCAAGAAGGCAUUGGAGACGGGAGAGGUCUAUCAUCCCAAGGGUAUCCAUGGAUACGACCAUGAGCAUCCACUGAUGCGAGCAAUCUUCAUCGCGCGUGGCCCAGCUUUCCCGCAUGAACCUAACAGCCGCCUUGAAGCCUUCCAAAACAUCGAAGUAUACAAUAUCCUCUGUGACUCAUUAGGUAUCGACCCACUGCCAAACAACGGCACGCUGCGUCUACCUUUGAAUCCAGUUGGUCUUCAUUCCGACGAGCACGCACCGCCGCAAGUGCGACCGUCCGAUCCUCCAGAGCCGUCAUCCGCCACGAUCACAGUUGGGCCCUCGGAAUCAACUACCGCUGCAACGGAGGCAUCCUCUACAACAGUGACGCCAUCCGCGACAAGCCCCGCCGGCAAUGAUGACGAGAGUACUAGCUGGUGGGGGGCAAUAACGGGUAAACUUGAGGAAUUCAAGGAGUGGGCCGGAGAACUCUUCUCUGCUGAAAAGGACAACCAUCCCCAACUGUGA